CCGCAAAUCUCUGAGCUGAAGUCUGAGGAAGCCACCAGGCGCAAACUAGCUCCAUCUGUCUCCACGUCUACUCUGUGGUCCCGGGAUACAAGAAGACACCGCACUGGAAAAUAUGCUGUUCUGCCAUUCCCAGCCUGAGUCCUACCACCAGCACUCUGCUAGUUACAUUAGAGAGGCCUUGGCGCCUUUCUUGAAGAACGAAGAAGCCAGGCUUAUGGCUGAAAGUGGUGCCAAAAGGAGCCCAUUCCAGCACAUUCUGUGUGCAGCCACUUCACCAGCUGUGAAACAGCAGGAGGAGACUCUCACUUACCUCAACCAAGGUCAGUCCUACGAAAUCCGUAUGCUAAACAGAAAACUAGUGGAGUAUACAGAUAUAAGCAGCAAAUAUGUAAAGAGCAUUGUGAGAGUGGUGUUUCAUGACCGUCGACUGCAGUAUAUGGAGCACCAGCAGCUGGAGAGUUGGCGGUGGAACAGACCUGGAGACCGAAUUCUGGAUCUUGAUAUCCCACUAUCAGUGGGCAUACUGGAGCCUCGUUCACACCCUCUGCACCUCAACACCAUCGAGUUCCUCUGGGAUCCUGUCAAGAAUGCUUCUGUUUUCAUCCAGGUCAACUGCAUCAGCACCGAGUUCACCCCCAGGAAGCAUGGUGGAGAGAAAGGGGUGCCAUUUCGUAUCCAGGUGGACACUUUCACCACAAACGAGCACGGGGAAUACAUGGAGCAUGUUCAUUCAUGCAGCUGCCAGGUCAAAGUCUUUAAGCCUAAAGGAGCUGAUCGCAAACUGAAGACAGACAGAGAAAAGAUUGAUAAGAAGGCCCCUCAAGACAGAGAAAAGUAUCAGUCAUCCCAUGAGACCACCCUGCUGAAAGAGUGUUCACCAUGGCCUGAAGCUCUAACUCUUACCAGCCACAGCAGCAGCAGCAGCACUCCAUCACCGGUUUACCACAGCUCACCAGCAUCCUGUAGUUUCACAGAUGACAACUGUUCUCCAAACCAGCAAGGAGAGCUGUACAUGCCUGGCUGCUCUGAUCACCUUCUGCCGUCAUCCUCGCUGCAGGACACACAACAGUGGCUUCAGCGUCACAGGUUCUCACCUUUCUCAAAGCUCUUCUCCAGCUUCUCAGGUGCUGAUCUCUUGAGGAUGAGCAGGGAGGAUUUGAUCCAGAUCUGCGGCCCAGCGGACGGCAUUCGCCUCUUUAACACCAUGAAGGGAAGGUGUAUACAGCCCCGUCUUACCAUCUAUGUAUGUCAGCAGCAGGCCAGGAACCAACCUCCCAUCAAGCAAGUGGCUGUAGACAUCUACCAUGCUCUGUACCUGGAGGAGCUGACACUGCUGGACCUGUCUGAGAAGAUUGCUGUGCUAUACAGCAUCACUCCACAACAAAUUACACACAUCUACAGACAAAAGCCCACUGGGAUCCACAUCUUAGUCUCUGAUGAGAUGGUGCAGAACUUCAGAGAGGAGGCAAGCUUCAUCAUCAGCACUAUAAGGGAUGAAAACACUGAUGGCUACCACAUUGUGUUGAAAUGACCAGCGGGAGCUGAGGAGCUUCAAAAUUUCAUCCAUGAAAUUGUACAAGUUGUAAAUAUGUGUUUCUACACUACAAUGUGUGACAUUCAUUUAGACUAGAAGUACUUUAAAAUAUUAUUUAGCUUUUGUUUCCAUCGUGAUUUUGUGGUCUGUUUAGUUUUCUUUAAUUCUCCUGUUUCAUUUGUACUUUUGUUUAGUUACUGAUUUACAUUAGAUAUAGCUUGUAAUUCUCUGUGAACAGUGCUGUAUUACUCCUUCAUAUGUGUACUCAUUCUUGUUGUAAUAUAUAAAUGUUAGUGAAUGACUUUCAUGUCAAUAAAGUAAAAAAUAAAUGUCAUACAUCAUCAUAGAGACAAAAUGAAAGGACAAAUGAACAAAACUGUACGAUGUUGUUUCAAUAGGAGUGAUGUCCCAGUGUCCCUGCUAGUUGUUUUCGUGGCCCACUUAUGAAAUGUUGACAUUUUCCAUGUGACGAGGAGCAAUGUUGCUGUUUUAGAGCUUCAUAUUUUCUAGAUGAGGCUAUAUGCGAUAUAUUAACUGUUUCUCAUGUUUAAGCACAGACAUCUUCUGAUUGUCAAAGCAGCCAGUUUAAACGGGGACAUCAGGCUGAAGUUCACAUCUAUCACUUUAACUUUGCUGUAUAUUUUCCUCAAAAUAAAAUUGGUACUUUUCUCUUU